AUGUUUUGUCCCUGUGCAAGCAAAGUGGAGGUGGCGGGAUGCCUGCGGGGAAGGUACAACAACAACAUCAACAGCAGCAGCAACAACAACAGCCGCAACAACAACAGCAGCAGCAGCAGGCGCAGUCUCAUGCUGGCCGCACUGCGUCUCAUCUUUAGCGGGCCCUCAACACCCGCAGCACCAGCUCAUGCACCAUCGCCUCCUCCCCAUGGCGACCCAGCUUCCUCCUCUGCCACUCGGCGCCUCCCGGCCAGCAAACCUCCCGGCCAGAAUCAUCCUCCCGCGGCCAUCGGCGCCACGCUGGACGGCCGACCCGCGCUGGAGGUCAUGCAAUCCGUAUUGCGCUCCAUUUCAAACGAGCAGGACGCAAUCGUACACGACAUCUGCUCGUCCCACGCCAUGGAAAUCGCCACAUGUGUUGCCGAGUUGGACCGAAUGGUGACUUCUGCGGACGAUCUGCGCAAGGCGGUGGCGGCCGGAGGCGAGGUGCUUCAGCGCACGGGUCUCUCUCUGUCCUCCACCGCGCGGGAACUCCACAGUCUUCAGUCCGCCCAGCGGCACCUGUGCGCCGCAGUGGGGGGCGCCAGGGCGGUGCGGCGGCUGCUGGCCCGCUGUGUGGAGGUGGGGACACUGCUGGGGCAGAGGAAGCUGUUCCAGGCGCUGCAGAUGAUGGAGCAAGUGCGUGGGUGCCACCUAGUUCUAGCCAUGGACGUGUUGUCAGAUAGCGCCCAAGUAGCCCGGGUGCUGCCGGGGGGGUAUGAAGCAGCCAUGGUGAUGGAGGGGGCGGCGGCGGCGGCAGGUGCGGGAGACGCAGCUUCCGGCGGCGGCGGCAGCUCCCUUGUACUUGGUGGCGGCGGAGGUGGCGGCGGCGGCGGCGGCGGAGGGAAUCUGGCAGCGGAGGUUUCCCGGCUGCGGAGUUUCUUGCAGACUCUGGUAUCCGACCUGGAUGCGGCCAUCGAGUACUUCGCGCUGUCGGAGCUGAACAACUGGCUGGUGGGUGUACGGGCGGGGUCCCGGCAGGUGGGGCUCAGGGUCAUCCGCAAAGCCGCCAUUGAACGACAAAUGGACGAAAAUCUGGCUUCGGAGCGCCGUACAGUGGCGGUCUCGCUCAUGGGUAGCCGCGACCCGGCGGCGGUGGCGGCGAGGGAUGUCGUCGGAGCGCCGUUUCGACGGGAGCUAGCCAAAGAGGGGGCCCCGCCGGCGGCGGCGGCGGCGGCGACGGUGACGCCGUCUGCACUCGCCGCGGCGGCGACAGGAGGAGGAAGCCGCUCCACGGGUAGGGUCCCCCCCCUCCGGUGGCCUCCGGGGCCCCCCCUGGACCUGGACCUGACCACCCUUCACCCGGGGCAACCCCUGCAGGCCAUUCAGUCGUUGUUAUCUCGCCACAGGGCGGCCGCCGCCUCCCCCCUGGGCCCCUGCUGCUCCCUGACGGACUACACCACCGCGCUGCUCCAGGGGGUGGAUAUGCAGGGACUGUACAGGUGCGUCCACAUCCACCGCUCUCUGGGUCGAAUGCCCGCCCUGCGCCGCCACUACCUGGACCAACGCCGACUGCAGAUCACCACAGACCUGGGGCCACCAGCGAACUUUCUGGAGGCCUACCAGUCCUACCUGGCGCAGGUUACGGGGUUUUUCGUGGUGGAAGAUGCCGUACGUGCAGCAGCCCCGGACCUCCUUUCCUCGGAGAGUGCCGCGCUGUUGUGGGAGGCGGCUGCGGGCAGUUUGAGGGGGGUGCUGGUGGGGGCGCUGGAGGAGUCCCUGGCUGCCGGGGCACCUGCCGCAAUCAUGCUGCUAUUGAAGGACUUCAUGCUACUGGUGUGCUCCGCUCUAGGGGCGAGGGGCUUUCUAACAGCUCCCAUAACGGAGCUGCUCACCGGCAGCCGCCUCCGCUACCACGAGCUGCUCACCGCCUCCGUGGCGCUCAGAGUGGGUCGGGCGCUGGCGGAAGACCCCCUGCAGCAGGGAGUGGAGGUGGUUUCGGAGCCUCAGGCGGCAGAGCUGGCCGGCCGGCUGGGGCUGCCAGCGACGCUAGAUACCGCAGGCGCUCUGCCUCUCGCCCUGCCGUACCGUGCACCGUACACUGCCUGCCUUCCGAAGAUUCUUCAGGCCGUACGGGGCUUUGUCUCGGACUCCUUGUCGUAUCUUCAGGGUUUGUUAAGUCCUUGGGAGCUGCUGCCUGCCGUACUGCAAGCCAGAGAUCGACUGCUGGCCAAGACGGUGGUGGAUGCACUAGCGGAUCAUACCGCCCGACUGCUAGCAGCCGAUGCGGCGCUGCUGAACCAGGGGUCGGCAUCAGGAUCCACCGGUGCUGUGACCCACGGGUCAUUGGUCGCCGCGCCGCCACGGAAGCCGCCACUGGCGCAAUGGCACAUCCGCGAGGUAAUGCGCAUGAUAACCAACGCCUGGUGCCUGGCGAUGAGCAUGCAGGCCCUGGACGAGUGGACGCUUCUGAAGGUUCGACCGCUUGGUGCCAUGGCAGCAGCUGCCGCCGCGGCGGCUGCUGGCGGUGGAUCCUCCGGUGCUGCCGGCGCCAACGGUGGCCCCACAAGCCUCAACGGUGGCGCCGCCGGCCGCGGCAAGGCCGCAGUGGCAGCGGCCGGCAGCGCUGCCGCCGGAGGCGGCGGCGUUGUCGGCUUCGCCGGCCUGGGUGGCGACAGCUCGACGGGUGCCGUGUUGGCGGCUCUGCGGUCGGUGCAGGACGGCGGCGAGCGAGGGCUGCUGCAGCUAUUGGCGGGACGAGACACUUUCGACGCGGCCGCUUCCAUCCUGCCGCGCUCCUCAUUCCUGUACCUGUCGCGCGCUGUGGUUCGAGCUGCUGGAAAUGCUUUUAUGGCGCUGCUCAAGGAGGGAGUCAAGGCCUACAACAUGUUUGCCGUGGAGCGGCUGGCGGCGGACGUGGCGCUGUUGGAUCGCUUCAUCGCCGCAUGUGCCGUACCGCACCUGGGUCAGGAAUUUGCGGAGCCCCGACAGCUUUGUGCGCUGCUGCUGUCGCCGAGGGUGGAGGAGGUUCUCAUUCCCGAGGUCCGCCGGCAGCGCUACCCCUGCCUGGACCUGGGCGCGCUGGUGGUAAUCCUGGAGCGGUACCGAGAGCAGGCGCGUGUUGGCAAGGAGAAGACGGGCCACGUCACCAAACGUACUUUGGAGGCAGUGUGCAGGCAGCUGAGGGGGCAGGUGGUGGCGGGCACGGCGGUCAGCGGGCUGAGGGUGCUGGAGGACGUCUAG